AUGCUUCUGGUGUGCACAACUAACAGAAUUCAAGUCAGUAAUGGUGAACUUUCACAUGACUGUGAUGGACCCAUCACUGACUUGAAUUCUGAUGAGUACCAGUACAUGAAUGGCAAAAACAAACAUCCUGUUCGAAGAUUGGACCCAGAGUACUGGAAGACCAUACUAAGUUGUAUAUAUGUUUUUAUAGUAUUCGGGUUUACAUCUUUCAUUAUGGUUAUAGUCCAUGAACGAGUGCCUGACAUGCAGACCUAUCCACCACUCCCAGAUAUAUUCUUAGACAGUGUUCCUAGAAUCCCAUGGGCCUUUGCCAUGACAGAAGUAUGUGGCAUGAUUCUAUGUUAUAUUUGGCUCCUGGUUCUUCUUCUUCACAAGCACAGGUCAAUCCUUCUGCGAAGGCUCUGUAGUCUGAUGGGCACUGUAUUCUUGCUUCGCUGCUUUACCAUGUUUGUGACCUCCCUCUCCGUGCCAGGACAGCACCUGCAGUGCACUGGAAAGAUAUAUGGCAGUGUAUGGGAAAAAUUACACCGGGCUUUUGCCAUUUGGAGUGGAUUUGGUAUGACCCUGACUGGCGUUCACACUUGUGGCGAUUACAUGUUCAGUGGCCACACAGUCGUCCUAACUAUGCUGAAUUUCUUUGUCACUGAAUAUACACCAAGAAGCUGGAAGCUCAAUGCGCAGACGCGCCAGUCUCAGGUUCCCGCGCCGCACAAUGAAGUGCGCCUGCGUCUGGAGACGCCCCGCCCCAUUCCUGGCGCUGUAUAA